UUUUCCUCUCACAGUAGGUAGUCUUUCUGUAAGUUUUUGAAGACUGUAGCUAGGACUAUAACACAAAAAAGUCGGCAACUGUACCAAAAUGACUGAAAGCAGUAGUCAAGAAAAGAUGAGAUGGAUUACAACAGUAAUUGUGAGCUCUUCUCUUCAGGGUCAUGAAAUUUCCAUGUCACUUCAAAACCAGAAGCACAGGAUUCGUUAUUCAGAUUCAGUGGAAGAUGGCUCCAUUAUUUUUUCUCUUUCUGGUGUUGCAUUUUUGUUGGCUGAUACUCAAAGUUUGUUUGUCACAGAGAGACAAGGUUUCUUUGAAAGAAUAAAGAAGUUCAUGAGCAUUCACAGGAAUGGAUUUUUGCUAUUGUCAGCUGCCCUUCAUGGACCAAAGGAGUGGGAUGUGAUGUUCAAAGUUCAGCAGAGGUUCUUAGGCAGUAAUUUACGGAUAAUCCCAGUCCACAAUACUGCUGAAGCCGUCAAACUCAUGCUGACUAUAGCAAAGACCACUUCAAAACCACAUCUGGACAACAUUCGCUACAGAAUGCUAAUGGCAAAGUCACAAAUUGUAGAGCAAAGCCCUGUUUGGAAAAUGCUUCAUCAACGCCAACUGGAUUGUAGUUUAAAUUAACACCACUUAAGGUUUUAAUCAAAAUGUUGACCAUAUUUAUUUACAAAAAUA